GGCAAAAUCGUGGUUCACGGAGGCUCAUAUUAGGCCAGAUCGCUGCGCUUAACCUGAGGUUACCUGGGCCUUGGCUCCGUAUUAAUUUUGUAAAAUUUGACACGGUAGGCCCUCCUAAUGUCAGAAACCAGUCCGGUCCUGCCCCUUAACCGUGGCGGACAUGUCGGACACUGCAAACGCUUCCUGGCCGGCCUUCCCGCGGGUGCAGUCGAGGCAGACGCUUCGCGAGUCGCCAUAGGAUUCUACUGUCUUGGUAGCUUGGAUCUGCUCGGUACCCUGGAGACCAAGACAAGACCAGAGGAGCGUGCGGCAUGGAUAAGAUGGAUGUGGGAGCAGCAGAGUGUGUGCGGCUAUGGCACUGGCUUUAAGGGCAGCAACUAUAUGACCAUAGAUAUCCGCUCUCCACCAUCUGCUCAGUACGCCGAGUACGAUACCCCUAAUCUGAUCAUGACAUACACUUCCAUCUUGUCCCUUGCCAUCUUGCGCGACGACCUAUCCAGGCUGGAUCGCAAGGGUCUUGUUCAAUUCGUACGGUCCUGCCAGCGAGAAGACGGAAGCUUCUCCGCUCUGCCCAGCGGCGGCGAGACAGACCUGCGUUGUGUCUAUUGCGCUUUCGCGAUUAGUAGCAUGCUCAACGACUGGACUGGUAUUGACCUCAAUCGGGCACUAGCGUAUAUCCGGCGAUGUGAGGACUACGAAGGUGGUUAUGGCCAACAGCCCUCUGACGAGGCCCUCGGCGGGACGACCUACUGUGCCCUCGCGUCCCUCUACCUUGCUCCUUCGAAUGCGUCUGCGCAGCGUCUGAUCGACUCUGCCUUCCGUGCACGCACGAUUCGCUGGCUGCUACACAACCAGGCCGUGGACGGCGGUUUCUCAGGUCGCACGAACAAAAUCUCGGACGCAUGCUACUGUUUCUGGUGCGGUGCCUCGCUCGCCAUCCUCGGUGCCGGAGAUCUCGUUGACAACGCUGCCCUCGUCGCAUUCCUUGCCCGGUGUCAGUUCAGCAUGGGCGGUCUCGCCAAGGCCCCCGAGAAGCCGGCAGAUCCGUAUCACACAUAUAUGGCCCUUGCAGCCGCCGCAGUGCUGCCGUCUCCGCAUGUAAACGAGACCUGGACACUGUCCCGACUUGACGUGCUUUGGAACACGACUGAGGGGACGGCAGCCUGGCUGCGAAAGCACCUCACAGAAAAGGCUUAAGCAAAUGUUAACCCGUACUACGGCAGGCUGUACGAAUAUUAUGAUAC